CAUGGAUUUCAGUGUAAAAAAGGAAUAAAUUAUUACUAAAUCUCUGCUGUAGUCAUCUAUUUAGGACAUUAUUCAGUGAUCCUAUUUUAAACAUUAGAAUAUAAUCGCAUCUGGAUGUUGGUAUCGCUUUUCACAUUUUUCAUCGCAUUAUUUUGGUUUAUCGCAACAAAAAUUGAUCCAACCGAUCCAGAAAUAUAUCAUUAAUACCGAUUAAAGGCAUAAAAAACAAAAUAUCAAACAAAGUUAAAUUGCUAUUGCAAAAUUUGUUUAGCUUUUGUAAAAGCGCCCUCAAAACAUUGCAAAUCUUGCAACCGAUGCACUGACUAAUUUGAUCAUCAUUGUAUAUGGUUAAACAAUUGUAUCGGAGCACAAAAUUACAGAUAUUUUUUCAUCUUAAUAGUUUUAUUAGAAUUGUAUCUAAUUACUGUAUUAAUACUCUCGAUUAUGAUUAAAUCAAUACUUGGCUAUAUUGAAAUUGGCUUUACAUUUUUGUUACUCAUACCCAUAACAUUUAUAUUAGCCAUGCAUAUAUAUUUUAGGUUCAAGGGAAUAACAACAUAUGAAUAUAUAUUAUUGAAAAGAAAAAAAGUAGAAAAACCAUCCCCAGAGAAACUAGACGAGAAAAUGAAAGAGAAUACUUCCAAUUUAACAAAUAUUUAAACAAAUAUUCUGUCAAGGAACUACUUGUAAUAGACAAAUCUCAAUCCACUAACGAACAAUUAGAAGUCUCAAAACAACAAGUAACCAAUAGAUUGGGAUUAAGAAGAUGCAGAUGUUGAAGAAGGUCAAAGUUUUCAUGCCAAAGAGCCCUUACCAUUAUCAAGUCAAAAGAGCAGUGGCAGGCAAUUAGAUUUGUAGUGUAAUUCUGCCAACGGAAAAACUUGUCCCACCACUCAUCGAGGGAAUACAUCAGGCUUAUAAUUGACAGAGCAUAAACCAAUAAAAUCCUUAUUUAAUGUUAAGGAAGUCCAAAAUUUAUAUGAGGAUCAUAUGAUCAAUAAUGUAAAUGAGGAAUCUAUCAUCCAAUUUGAUUCGAAAAACUCAUAAAAAACUGAUUAAUUAGAUAUAAAUAUAUGA